CGUGAUGCUAGCGCUCAUAUGACUUCAGCACAGCAAUGAAAGUAGUCUGUAGAACAAGUUUUCUUCUUCUUAGUAUAACGAUAUGUUGUUCAUUGACAGAAAAGCUGUCAAAUGGUUCAUCACCAAACAUUAUCAUCAUGCUCAUGGAUGACAUGGGUUGGGGGGAUUUGGGGGUGCUCGGUCAGCCUUCUAAAGAGACCCCCAACCUGGAUGCCAUGGCAACCCAGGGGAUGCUCCUAACAAACUUCUACACCGCCAACCCACUGUGUUCCCCAUCAAGAGCUGCACUUCUCACAGGGAGGCUCCCUGUCAGGAAUGGAUUCUACACCACUAAUGCUCACGCUAGGAAUGCUUACACACCACAGGAGAUAGUGGGAGGAAUAUCCAAGGAUGAGAUUUUGUUGCCUGAAAUGCUGAAGAAAAAAGGUUAUGUCAGCAAGAUAGUUGGCAAGUGGCACCUGGGCCACAGACCGCAGUACCUUCCUCUACAGCACGGUUUCGAUGAAUGGUUUGGCUCCCCAAACUGCCACUUUGGCCCCUACAACAGCAGCUUCCGACCAAACAUCCCCGUCUAUAACAACUCUGAGAUGAUUGGAAGAUAUUAUGAAGAGUUUAAGAUCGACCUACGAAGCGGAGAGUCCAACCUUACUCAGAUGUAUCUGAUGGAGGGUAUGGACUUCAUACAGCGGCAGACUCAAGCCAAGCAGCCCUUCUUCCUCUACUGGGCCCCUGAUGCCACCCACGCCCCGGUUUACGCCUCCAAAAGCUUCCUAGGAAAGAGCCAGCGAGGCCGUUAUGGAGAUGCGGUCAUGGAGCUGGACUACAGCGUGGGUCAGAUCCUGUCCCUGCUUCAUGGUCUGGGCAUUGAAAAAAACACCUUUGUCUUCUUUACAUCAGACAACGGGGCGGCUCUUAUCUCGAGCCCUCAUGAAGGUGGCAGCAACGGGCCGUUUCUCUGUGGGAAGGAAACCACGUAUGAGGGGGGCAUGAGGGAGCCCGCCAUCGCCUGGUGGCCCGGACACAUCAAGGAAGGCACAGUGAGUCUCCAACCUGCAAACGUCAUGGAUCUGUUCACCACCAGUCUGGCCCUGGCUGGCAUCAGCCCUCCAGAUGAACGAAUGCUGGACGGACUAGACCUGACACCAGUUUUAUUAAAUGUCUCCCACAAACUCGACAGACCCAUUUUCUUUUACCGUGGGAACGAGAUGAUGGCUGUGAGGCUCGGACAAUACAAAGCGCACUACUGGACCUGGAGCAACUCGUGGGAGGAGUUCCACAAGGUCUCAGCAAAAACUUACGGUAGAAACAAGGUCAGAAGAAAAAGCCUGAUUGUUUUAUCUCUGAUGAUAACUGCUGCUGUCAUGAUCUGUUUGAUAUGUGCUUACAGUGUUUUAUCCAAGGAGUACCAAGAUGUUCUGCAAAGCGUCUCAGCAGUUGUGCAGCAGCAUCAGAAGACUCUGGUGCCUGGCAUGCCCCAGCUCAACAUGUGUGACCUGGCAGUGAUGAACUGGGCCCCUCCUGGCUGUGAGAAGUUGAGAAAGUGUCUGGAACCACCUAAGUCUUCACCCUGGAAGUGUGACUGGCCGCAUUGAGAUAAACACCCUGAAGAAGACGCUGAGCUGGAAAAACAAAACCUGGAGAUGUACCUUUCAGCAUUUAAUGAACAACUUAUUUUUACAGAAGUAUGUUUUUUAAAACUUUGCAAAAUCAUUCUUAUUCAAAAUUGUGGAAAAAGGUACAGGAUGAAACUAAGGGAUUAACUGAUCUGAAAGGGAUGAUCUAUUUAUGCUGAUUGAGUUUAAACAGAUAUUGUGAUUCAGUCUUCACACGUUGCACUAAACAAUAAAGAUUUGAUGACAGUUUCUUAAUGAUGCAUGAUGAAUGUUCCUGAGAGCUGUGAAGUAAGAGACAUAAAUGGCCUCAAAUCAAAGCUGUUUUUUUCAUUUUCUCCUCAAUGAUUUAGUCUGGUCCUCUCUUGCUUUGACUGACGUUUCCAUAGUAAAUAAGUAAGAGAAGUUUAUUUUGAUAGUG